AUGGCUGCGCAAAAGCCAGCACAGGAGUACCGUCAGGUAUACGUGUACAUUGAUGGGGUGGAGAAUAUUGACAGAUAUGAUAAAGGCGGCUACCAUCCAAUCACGAUUGGAGAUAUCCUCAACAAGCGUUAUACAAUCGUUGGCAAGCUUGGUCAUGGAGGAUACUCGACUGUUUGGGUCGCGCGGGACAUGCAGCAGGAGGAGUACAUCGCCCUCAAAAUUGGAGUGGCCAAAUCGAGGAUGCACGAGAUUAGUAUUAUGAAAAGUCUCUCGGACUUGAGAUCUAGCUUACCAGCUAAUCCUGUCUCUUUGUCCGGAUUUCAUGCCAUCCCUCGCCUGCUGGAUGACUUCACCAUCCACGGCCCCAACGGAGAGCAUCCCAGUUACACAACUGAUCUGGCGGGGUCCAACCUUGACAAAUCUCUUAAUUCUGGCAUGUUCAGGAUAGAUGUAGCCCGUGCUUUGGCAGUCAAGCUCGUGUCGGCCAUUGCAUAUAUGCAUGGCCGAGGCUAUGUCCACGGAGGUAUGCUACACGGACGUGUGUCGCGCACCCUUCACCUGCAAUAA